GCCAUUUCGACCGUGCUAAACAAUCCUCACAAGCCCUCCCGUCCAAUCGAUCCCUCUUCGUCCCGAUACCCACCGGUCGCAUCGACUCGGACAGAUCUGCCAAAGAUACGCAGAGCAGACUUUGACACCUAUUUGAACUCGGUCCAGCCGGCAUGGCAAAAGCUGGAAAGGAGCAAAAGGUUGGGCAGGAGCGGAAAGGCGAGGCUGGACGCUCAGGAAGGUGAAGAAGCCGAAGGCGAAGGGGAAGCUGGAGAGGAGCCUCGCACGCCCAAGCAACAGCACGGUGGAGCUAGACAGUCGAUCGAGGAAGCGAGAAGCCUGGCAACAGGCUCACAGCGGCUACCUCCUCUCAGCGCUGUGCCUCAAGUCUUCUUCAGCGAAGAGUUCAAUUUGGGCAACCCUUACACCUUUGACCUUGUCACGGAACGCUACAAAGCGAGUUCCGACCUGCAAGGAAGCUCAAAUUUCGGCGGAGCCGCACAUGGCGAUGAAGCGCCAGACGGAGGCGUCUACGAUGUCGCUCUGAAUCAGAUGCUCCAGGAGAAACUGAGCUGGUAUUCCGAUGUCGUGGAGCAGCAUCUGAUCCUCGAGAUUUCCGCCAGAUCUUCGAGCUUCUUCGCUGCGCUCGGCAAUCUGCAAGACCUGGAGGCGGAAGCUGCGAGCUGUCUGAAGCGGACGGAGGUACUGCAGGCCGAGCUGAAACGGCGAGACGAGAGCGAGGCAAAAGCGGGAUUGAGGAUCAUCCGAGAGCAGGCUGCAAGGCGCAGCAUCUCUGAGCGUAUGGCCGCCGUUGGAGUAGUGCAAGAUCUGGUCCAUCGACGCGACCUGGCAAAGCUAUUGGUCCACAGCGGUCAAUUUGAGGAGGCUCUCGACGUCACUUGCAGCUUGAUGGAUCUGCUCGAAGGUCGCGUCUCCCUCAACGAGUGGGGAGCAGGCGAUGCGCUGCCGCCUCACCUUGAUCUCGAGCUGGAAGCUAUACCUGCACUCGCAGGCUUGCUACCUCAACUGCGCGACAUGAAUCAGACGGUAGCUGGCCAAUUGGAGAGCGAGGCGCUGAGCGUCCUCGGCUCGGAUCUCAAUCAGAGAGCCAGGACGCAUGAGCAGCAGGUCGCAACUACAGCUUCGGCCGCAUCGGCUUUGGAAGGAAGCGAUCAAGUAAGGGAGGACGUGCGGGCGGAAGCAGUGGCUGGACCUGCGGAGCGCGCCGCGGCUGCCAAGAAGCGCGCGAGCGUCAUCUUAGAUCCGUCAGCGCUUCCAGAUACUGAUUUGGUGCUCAGAGAUAGAAUAUCGCCACUCCUGACUGGACUAGUUCGAACGGGCAACGUCGACUCUUUCGUUGGCGCAUAUCGCCUCGUAGCGCUGCGGUCUCUCCGAGGCGGAUUGCGCCAAUACCUGGUCUUCAAGAGAGGUGAGGGGGAAGAGGAUCUGGAUGCUUUGCCUGCCUUGCUCGACGAUGACGAUUUGGCCUCUGGAAGGAGCGAUGCUCGAGCUGUUCCUGGUGGCGCUGCAGCGGCUGCCAAGCUCCGAUCGUUGGAUCACGUCAGAUUCCUUGAGCUCUGCGACGCUUUAUUUAAAGGUUUUCUCGGGAUGCUUCACACCAUGGCGGCACACAAUCGCGUCAUUGUUCACAUUCUCAGCGCUCACGCUCCGUCCGCGAAGCAAAAUUCUACACCCUCUGCACCUCGCGUCGAGAUUCAAGAUGACGACCGGUCUUCCAGGCAAGCAGAUGCGAGUGGCUCUUCGACGUUCAAUACGCGUAUGCCGGAGUCUGUCUCUGCCUCUCUACCCAUGACGCUUGCAGCGAUACUUCAAGAAGCCACAUCUUUGUCGCAUGUGCUUGGCUCUCGUCUGCUUUCUCUUCGAAGUGCGACCCACGUCGCUUUGGACUUGGGCUCUUUCUUGGAGAUCUUUCAUGCUUCUUGGUCCUUUGUACUCAAAUCGGAAACGUUGGCGGGAAGAAUGAUCGUGGGCCUUCGAGGAGCGAUUUUGAAUCAAGCGAAAGCAUGGUUGGCCGCGUUUCACCGAGAACGUAUCGAAGGCGCUGCCAAGAUGGUCGAAGAAGAAAUGUGGGUCCAAGCAGAAGUGGCAAUCAACGACCAAGAGGAGGUUGCUCGAAUUGUUGAGAGCGCUACCGCCGACCCGAAGGCCUUCAUCCUUCCGGCACCUGCAAAGGAUGCGUUGAGUGACAGCCCCAUCGACCCUUCUACAAGCCUCAAGACUCUGUCCAUUGAGGAGAAGCAGUACUUUGUGGUGGGGGCCAGCACGCACGUUCUGCGACUUUUGGCGGAAUACCUACGCGUCGUCAUCAAUUUGCCUCUGCUCACGACCGAGGCGAUGGGCCGUGUUGUCGAAUUUUUGAAGCAAUUCAACUCUCGCACGUGCCAAGUGGUCUUAGGUGCAGGUGCCAUGCGCUCUGCUGGUCUCAAGAACAUCACUGCCAAGCAUCUCGCCCUUGCUUCGCAAUCACUCUCUAUAGUCAUCACGCUGAUUCCAUAUGUCCGAGAGACGGUGCGGAGGCAUCUUAGCCAAACACAAGCAGUGAUGCUGAUCGAGUUCGACAAGUUGCGUCGCGACUACCAGGAGCAUCAGAACGAGAUCUUUGCCAAGCUGGUUGCGAUCAUGAGCGACCGCUUAAGCGUUCACUGUCGUGGGCUCUCGGCUAUCGAAUGGAACGCGCCGCUACCCUCGUCUCCACCAGAGCCCUCGACAUCUGUUCAAGACCUCAGCAAGGAGACGGCGACCUUGCAUAAGGUAUUGUCAAAAUAUCUUCAGCCUACCUCUGUGGAGAUAGUGAUGGGACAAGUACUCUUGGCGAUCGACAAGCGAGUAGCAGAGGAGCUUGCUCAGGUCGAGAUAUCGGGUAGCGAAGGCAGAGAACGCAUGCGCGAAGAUGUCGCCUUGCUGCAGCGUAAGCUUGGAAACCUGAAAGGCGUCACCUGGAGCAACGAGGUGCGCUCCUCUGACACGUUUUGCUUCGAGAAGAAAGAAGAUCACGCUGACCAUUUCUCAUCCUUGCGGGGUUUCAACAGAAUCUUAGUGCAAUCUUGCGUGAGAAGAGUGAGCCAAUUCCCCCAUCACCGGUCACCUCGCCACCGCCCCAGACUCCCGGGACGCCUGGAACUCAUGCGUACAAGCCUCGCAUCAACAUCUUUGGUCGGCGGAAUGCGUCGGCGCAGCAACAAAGCGCGCGUCCGUCGGGCGAAACACCGCGGAGCGCGACACCGAGCAGCGAUGCUCCACCACGCGUGA